AUGGCUGCCACCAAUGCUCCAGAAGGCAGGUCGCAGGCAAUCAUUAAUCAGCUGAAGACUUUCAUUUCCAAGAUUUUGAUCAUCCCACUUGAGGACAUUGAUGAAGCUUCUUCAUUUGUUACCCUUGGAGGGGACUCGUUCAAGGCCGUUCACUUGUACCAAAAAUGUGCUGAGCAAGGGCUAGGCGUCCGAUUUCAGGAUAUACUCCACAAACCCUUAGGAGAAGUCGCAUCGCUAGCUUCCGACAAGGAAGAUGAAUCUUGUUCGACUAAACAAGUCAGACAGGGAGAUGCCAAGUUCCCGCAGAUGUCUCUCGACUAUGACUUUGGAAAGAUAUUUGACGAGCUGCGGAAGAUGUACGGUGUGAGCGAUGACGAUGUCGAGGACAUUUACCCCUGCAGCCCAAUGCAAGAGAGCAUGUAUGUCGGUCAAAAGAUGGUCUCAAAGCGACUUUAUCGUACUCGGGGGCUCUUUGAGGCACAGGCUGGGUUUGACCUGGAUCAGUUCCAAAAGUGUUGGAGUGAUGCUAUCCACCGCCAUCAAACUCUCCGAACUGUCUACGUGGAAACCUCAGAUACCACCUCUGGCCGUUUGUUGGAUUCAAUCGUCUUAAAGUCCAAAUCAGAGCCAAUGGUCAUCGAACAUGUGAGGGAUCUGGAGGGAAUUAGACACCAGUUCACGAACGGGGAUCUUGAUGAAGUCCAUGUAGACAAAGGGAGACACCAGCACCAGAUCACGGUUUAUGUCGAUGUUCAAGAGCCGGAUCAAAUCUUGAUUCUGAUGGACUUGAAUCACUUGACCGUAGACGGUAGCUCAUUGAUGAUCAUCAUAGAUGAGUUGGUCAGGGGCUUGCAGGGCUCUCGACUCCUUGACCAAGCGCCAGGAUACGGGAAGUACAUCGAUCACUUACAAGCCCAAACCGACGAAGACGGCGCUCUCGACUACUGGGUUGACUACCUGGACGGGACUGAGCCAUGCACGUUCCCGGCCAUGAACGACAAUCAAGUAGGCAACUCCGGGUCUUUCAACGUCACAGAGAUGGGUCUCGAUGUUGCUCUAGACGACAUCCGCGCUUUCUGCCAAAAGCAAAAUGCGACCAUAUCAAACGUAUUGCAAGCUGUCUGGUCUCUUGUUCUUCACACCUAUACAGGAGACCCGGACAUUUGCUUCGGUUACCUUUCUUCUGGACGAAGUCUGCCCAUUCCUGGAGUGUCUCAAAUCGUUGGCCCGAUGAUGAACUUGCUCGUCUGCCGUGUCGGCGGCAUCGACAAUAUGUCGCUCCAGGGCCUUCUCGAAACUACCAGAAAGGAUUUUCUCAACGCGCUGCCACAUCAAUGCUUUUCGAUUGGCAAGGUGCAGCGCAUCCUCGGAACCAACGAAAUGAAGCUAUUCAACACCAUCAUGACUUCGUAUUACUCGCCUUCUAUGUCCGACGACAGCAGCAGCAACUUCUUCAAGCUAAUUUCAUCACACAAUGCCUCAGAUUUCGAUAUCGUGCUGAAGAUCGUCUACUCGGACUCGGAAAUUCGAGUUCGGCUCGCAUACUCAACCGCCACUUUGUCAACCGCAAUGGCGACCAACGUCUCGUAUACCUUUUCAAGCAUCUUGUCAAGAUUGAUCAGGAUGAACGACACACAAGCUGCUGUCAGCUCAAUAACCGCUAUAAGCUCUUGGGACAUGCGACAAGUCACAGCCUGGAAUUCGCAUUCGCAUCCUCCGUCGCCCAAGUUUCAGUCGACAUGCGUCCACCACCUCAUUGAAGGUCAAGUUAGAGUCCAGCCUAAUGCGUCGGCAAUUCACUCGUGGGAUGGACACAUGACCUACAAAGAGCUCGAUGAAGCUGCUUCUAUUGUUGCUCGAGAGAUCUUGAGACGGGGCAUAGGUCCGGGGGCCUUCGUUGCGAUUUGCUUCGAGAAAUUAAAAUGGUACUCCGUUGCUCUUCUCGGCGUCUUGAAGAGUGGCAAUGCCUUUGCACCUGUUGACAUCUCUAAUCCCGAAUCUCGGCGAAAGGAGAUUCUCCACCAAUUAGGAAUCUAUACCACGGCGGGUCUUGUCAUAUGCUCGAGGAAACAGGAGCCAUCAAUCAAACAUUUGGCCGGUCAGACCCUUCAACUCGAUGGUGACCAGUCUUCUCCGAAAGAAGACUUUGAUAUUCCCCUGCCAUCUGUCUCUUCCAAUAACCCAGCUUACGUCAUUUUUACCUCCGGAUCUACGGGCAAGCCAAAAGGUGUUGUUGUGGAACAUGGAGCAUAUGCAUAUGCAGCUCAAGCUCACAGCAAGGGGAUACACAUUGAUUCCGCUUCUAGGGUCUUGCAAUUUGCCUCCUAUGGCUUCGAUACUAGCAUGGAAGAUCACCUGACAACUUUCUCUGUCGGUGCCUGUCUAUGUGUUCCAUCCGAGGACGACCGGUUGAGCUGCCCAGAUCUGGCCAGAUUUGCAUCGGCAUCAGGGGCAAACUGGGCACACCUCACCCCUUCAUUCGCCGAGAUGUUUACUCCUGUCACUCUGUCAACUAUGAGGACAAUGGUCCUUGGUGGAGAGGCAAUGACUGCAAAAAACGUUCAAAACUGGGCCUGUCCACCCCAGACACAGCUCGUUCAAGUUUACGGUCCAUCAGAGUGUAGCGUCACUAGCACAAUCAGCCCGCCAUUCUCGAAAGAGAACAGUCCUACCAAUAUUGGGUUCCCUGUUCCCGGGUGUGCAGCAUACGUUGCUAGGUCCGAUGAUCCAAACAUACUUCAAGCUGUUGGUGCGGUGGGUGAGCUCCUGAUGGAAGGCCCAAUCCUCGCACGGGGUUACCUGGGUGACUCUGCACAAACAUCAAUCUCAUUCGUCAAGUCCCUUCGUUGGGCACCUGGGAAAAGACUCUACAGAACCGGUGAUCUUGUCAAGUACGACUCUGCUGGUCUUCUUCAUUUUGUUGGCCGAAGAGACUUACAGGUCAAACUCCGGGGCCAGAGGAUCGAGCUAGGAGAAAUUGAGCGACAGCUGGGUUUCGAGCGGAGGGUGCAGCAUUGCCUCGCACUUGUUCCUGAAUCCGGACCUUGUGCCAAAAGACUGGUGGCUGUCAUCACUCUGGAUAGCUCAUUUGUGGCAUCGCCCACGGACGUGUCAGCAUCGCCUAUUGAGAUCCUUGACGUACCUUGGCUUGAGCAUAUCGACUGCAUGAGAGGAUUUCUGCUCGACAAGUUGCCACCCUACAUGAAUCCAGAGCUAUGGAUCAUUCUUAAAUCUUUGCCGAGGAAUUCUUCUGGGAAACUAGAUCGCAAAGGAGUGACCAAAUAUCUUGAAGGCCUCACUCCCUCUGAGUUCGCCAGUCUCCUACCUCGUAUGGACGACGAUAGUCCUGAGAGACAGGGCACAGACGCUGAAGUAAUGUUGAGGAGCAUCUGGAGUGAAGCUUUGAAUGUCGGUGAGGAUGAGAUUUGUUGGAACACCUCAUUUUAUCACCUUGGCGGCGAUUCUAUCUCGGCAAUGACCAUCAGCAGUAUGGCAAGGGAGACUGGUUUAAACGUAUCCGCUGCAGAUAUCCUUCGGUAUCGAUCAAUCGAACGCUUAGCCAAAUCAGUCGUGGGAGCAGCCUCGCCAGCUUCAGCCCAAACCGACACGUCUGAAGAUCCAGUGGAGGCGCAGGCCUUAAUUCUCUCCCCCAUCCAGAAACUUCACUUCCAAACAUCGCCCGAGGGAGACCAUCUUGAUCAACAAACUAUGCUGGUUGAAGUCACUCAGACCGUGGAUCAACAAGAUUUGUUGGCGGCCUUGGAAUCUCUUCUCGUGGCUCACCCAAUUCUGUGUGCGCAGUUCAAGUGCCAUGGGGGCGAAUGGACACAGCAUGUGCCUGUGAAAUCUACCAUCAGCCUUGUUUACUACUGUCGCACACGAUUUCACAGCCGUACACAGCUCGAGUAUGUUAUUGAGUGCGUCAGUGAGGCCAAAAGAUCGAUCCAUCUCACCAACGGUCCUCUGGUGGCUGUUGACUUAUUCGAGUCUCAAGGUCAGACGCUUCUAUCGAUGACGAUCCAUCACCUUGUUGUUGAUGCAGUGUCGUGGCGGAUCCUCUUGCGUGAGUUGGAGUCAUGCCUUCGCUUCGGAAUGCCGGUUGUAGACGAGAAAACAUCAUUCCAACAUUGGACAUUGGAACAACAACGUUUCGCAUCGAACUCACUACCUCAAGACGUCUUGCCUCCGUCGGCUCAUGCACUGAGCACUGAUUUAUCGUCCUGGGGCAUGGCUGAUGAGAGGAACUGUUUCAAGGACUCUGUUUCUCACACCAUCUCUCUCGACUCAAAUGUUUCUAGGCAACUCAUUUCAGCGCAAGAAACAUCUGGGCAUGAGGCUCAUGAUAUCCUAUUGACCGCUGUCAUUCAGUCGUUUGUUGAAAUAUUUGGACGCUCUCCUGCCCUGUUCAGUGAAGGCCAUGGACGAGAAGUCUUCGCGCCUGACGUGGACCCAUCCAGCACUGUGGGCUGGUUCACGACUUUCUCUCCCAUCGUUACACAAGAAUGUGAAAAUAUUCUUAGCGGUGUCCGCGAGUUCCGUGAUAAGAUACCCCUUUCCGGCUUGGCUUACUUCGCAUCGCGUUUCCUGAGCAAAGCUGGCGAGGACGCCUACAAGCACCAUCAUCCCAUGGAGGUCACUCUCAACCAUCUCGGGGCUUUUCAGCAAUUCGAAAAGAAGAAUUCUUUGUUCAAGAGAUGCACUGAUGAAAUCCAGGACAAAGUCUCGGCUCUCAGAUAUCAGCAGCGUGCGAAGUCGUCGAGAUAUGCUCUGAUCUCAAUCAUGGCAUCUAUCAAGGACAACAAGCUGUCUCUGCAAGUUGAGUGGAAUUCUCGAAUGCAUCAUCAAGAACUUUUGCUAGACUGGCUGCAUCAACUUGAAAAGAGUCUCACGGCCCUCGUCGUCGACCUCACGGAUGAGCACCAGCGCUUGCCCCUGUCUCCUUCUGAGGUUAUGGUUUCUUCAAUUGGACUCCACUGGAAGGAACUAAACAACAUUCUCGAUCUCGCUCAAUCACGCUUCGGCAUCACACCGAGCGAGAUAGAAGUAGUUCUACCUUGCUCUCCGAUUCAAGAUAGUCUCAUGCUUUCACAGCUGAAAAGUGUCAGCAACCAUUACAGCCAGCACUUUCUCUUCAAACUCUCUGGGUCAAUACCGCUCAACCCCGAUGAUCUCUCCGCAGCCUGGAAGCUGGUUGUUGCAACGCACCAAAUUUUGAGAACCAUUUUCGUCGAAGAUACGUCUGGAAAAUUUCUUCAACUCGUUUUGAAAGCCGUCGAAGUCGACAUUCAGGUCCAAAGGCUUCGAAGCGAGAGUGACUUGCCGGCUCUGUGGGCCAAACAAUCUUCCUCAAUUGCACCCAAACCUUUGAGUGGCAAGAUUCUCCACAAACUUCAAAUUUACGCCGCAACCAACGGUUCUAUGUAUUGUCUGUUGGACAAGAAUCACAUUAUCACUGACGGCACGACAUCUCGCCUCUUGAUUCGGAACUUCCUGGCAGCUUUGGAUGGCUGCCCACGACAAGACACCUGUCCCUACUCAAACUACAUCGACUAUGUCCAAGAUCAAGACACUGCUGAGAUCACACGAUACUGGUCGCGCUACUUGGAUGGCGCAUCUUCGUGCCUAUUCCCUGUACUUCGUCAACACCGACAAUCAUCAGUUGAAGGUCUUGAAUUUACCGGCACAUCCUCUACCUUUCCCAAAAGCAGUCUGAGCUCAGCAUGCCGAAAGUUGGAUAUGACAGUGCCCAUCGUCUUCCAGGCUGCGUGGUCUGUGGUUUUGUCUACAUACUUGAACUCGGACGAUGUUAUCUUUGGCCUUCUCAAUCACGGGCGAGACAUUCCAAUUCCAGGGGCGUCUGAGAUCAUUGGUCCGAUGACCAAUAUUGUGCCUGUCAGAGUGCAAAUAGGUCCGAGAAUGGAGAUCUCGAAGAUCUUGACUCGACUGCAGGAAGACAACCUUGAUCAUCUUUCCAGACAGACCGUUUCCCUGGCUCGAAUUCAGCAUGCAGCCAAACGUACUAGUGGAGAUGCAUUGUUCAAUACGAUCUUCAACUUCCAAAAGACAGGCUCAAUGCCGGGGCCUGGGGCCAUCAAGUCGGAGCUGCUUUUUGCACAUGACAGGAGCGAGUAUGACAUUGCCUUGUGCAUCACUGAAGAUCAGGGCCAAUUCCACAUCACUAUUGAAACUCCAACUCACUUCAUGUCUGAAGCCCAAGCAGAGCGCCUGCUAGUUGUCUAUGUAAACGCCGUACGCACCAUCGUCGACGACCCAGGAGCCCAGACUUCAGAGAUACGCCUCACCAGCGCACUGGAUGAUAAGCAGAUGCAGGAAUGGAACUCAGCUCCGCUCAAGACCAACAACCGCUGUAUCCAUGACAUGAUCUCGGAGACGGUCAAUCGACAGCCCUUGAGGCCAGCUAUCUGUGCCUGGGAUGGCGACUUAUCGUACGCUGAGGUAGACACCCUGUCCAUGAAGCUUGCGUCCCGACUCCAGGCUCUGAGAGUUGCACCGGGAGAUAUCGUUGUUAUCUGCUUUGAGAAGUCGCUUUGGGCAGUCGUGGCAAUGCUUGCAGUGGCCAAAUCUGGGGCGGCAUUCGUUCACAUUGAUCCAAAUGGUGCUGCCAAGAGGAAUGAGUCAGUGGUCAAGCAGACUGGGUCCAGGAUCGGUCUGUCUUCGCCAAAACACUCCGACAAGCUGCAGAGUCUCGUGAAGACGCUCGUUGUCGUCGACAAGUCUUCAAUCGAGAAAGACUCGAGCUUCAUUGUCCCACUCAAUUGUUCCGCUACGCCUUUGGAUACACUCUACGUUAUCUUCACAUCAGGGACAACGGGCACCCCAAAGGGAGUGAUGAUCCAGCACAAGUCAUUCUGUUCUGCAGUUGCUUACAACAGAACCUGGCUGCAAAUCAAGGCCGAAUCCCGGGUCUUGCAGUUCACAAACUUCUGUUUCGAUGCAUCCCUCGAGGAAAUAUUCACCGUCCUUGUCGCCGGCGGCUGCAUCUGCAUCCCGUCCGAGGAGGAACGCCUGUCCGACAUCCCGGGGUUCGUCGCGCGCAAGCAGGUGAACUGGGCCGCCUUUACUCCAUCUUUUCUUCGUACCCUUGAUCCGGAUGAUUUAGAGUCAGUCAAGUUCAUCACCGUCCAUGCAGAGCCGAUGGGUCAGGAUCUCGUAGCUCGUUGGGCUGGGAAGAUCCACAUGAGGCCCAGCUACGGGCCGACAGAAUGUUCAGUGACCAGCACCAUUGGGGCUCCGUUCGAUGUGGACACGGAUGCUACUAAUAUUGGUUGGCCGGUCGGAUGUCGUGCUUGGGUCGUUCAUCCGGAGAACCAUCACCUCCUGAUGCCGGUUGGGGCUGUUGGCGAACUCCUUCUGGACGGACCGAUCGUAGGCAAGGGCUACCUCAAUGACGAUGCCAAGACUGCGACCGCUUUCAUUGAGCCACCCCUAUGGACAGUUGAUAAGGCUUUACCGCAGGAAGACGACAUCAGUUCACGAAGAUUGUACAAGACCGGCGAUUUGGUCAGGUAUGCCGAAGAUGGAAGCCUUCUGAUCCAGCGCAGGAAGGAUCACGCCCAAGUCAAGAUCCGCGGCCAGCGAGUUGAGCUUGGUGAGAUUCAGUACCAUUUGAACAAUCUCUCUGGAAUCAUUCAGCACAGCAUGGUUCUUGUGCCGGAAGUAGGAAACCUCAGAGGACGUCUUGUCGCUGUUGUGAGCCUAGCAGUCCUAUCAUUGAAUCUCGGAACGCGCGAUUACAACCAGGACAUUGCCGUUGUCGAAAAACGCACUCUCAGCCAAGAGAUGUGCCAGAAGCUAAAUGAGGCGAUGAACAUAGUCACCUCGGCGCUUGAGAAAGAACUGCCUCAGUACAUGAUACCGGAAACAUGGCUCCUUGUCAAAACCCUGCCUGUUCAGCUGUCGCUCAAGUUGGAUCGGCAACGAGUGAUGAGCUGGGUAGGUCAGAUCGAUGAGCAAAUACUCCUGGAUUCGCUCGAUCUCCAUCAAACAAGCGGCUCAGAUGGUCAGAGUGGCUCUCCGACUGAAGAAACUUUGAGGGAUAUAUGGGCAAACGUCCUUGGACUUGAUUCUCACCGUAUAGGACUUGAACAGUCAUUCUUCAGACUUGGGGGAGAUUCCAUCUUUGCGAUGCAAGUGAUGAGACUCUGCAAAGCAGCUGCACUCAAUUUGACAACGCAAGACGUUCUUGCGAACCCAACAAUCAAGCUUUUGGCCCAAAAAAUUGCGACGCGAGUGGCCGGCCACGAAACCAAACAGGCCCUGCCUAGAUCGAUGAUCAAUCCUCCAUCUCUAUCGCAGUCUUUCCCGACUCCCGACAACGUCGAGACCAUGGCACCCUGCUCGCCGUUCCAGAAGAGGAUGUACCAAGCAUUUCUAGGCAAGCCUCAGAGUCCUUACCUCUUCAACAGCCUUGUCGAGUUGACCGCCAUCAGAGGGUCCUCGUCUGUCGAUACCUGCGCGCUGCACCAAGCGUGGCAGCAAACCGUCAAUCGUCAUGCGAUCCUUCGGACUGUUUUUGUCCAUGACCUCGCCUCGGAAACUGUUUUCCAGAAAGUUCUCAAGCAGCAAAAUGCCGAUGUCUCUGUCUUGGAUGUAAAAUCGGAGGGAGACGCAACGAACGAAGCUAGGCUCCACCUCAACGCCAUUCGCUCAAAGCUAUUCAGAGACGAAUCGCCGGCGGUUUCGGUGCGCCUCUUUGUCAUUCCUGAUGAAAAGACAUUCAUUCACUUCGUCAUGGGGCAUAUCUUGAUCGAUCAUGUCAGCUUGGCUCACGUCUUCUCCGAUUUUGUGGCGUUCUAUCGUGGUCAGAAUCCAGGGGCAAAGCCUUUGAGUAGUUUUCAUGGCUACAUCGACCACAUCAACUCCCAGCGUGAUUUGCAGGCAAGCGAAGCAUACUGGGUCGAUAAGCUUCAGAGCGUAAAGCCCUACAUGGUGCCGAUCGAGUCCAUGGUAGUUGGCGGUUCAGACCCUCACACCAUGGGAUCAAUCAACUUCUCAGUGGAUAUCACAGUCGAGUUGAAGCAGUUUCUCUGCGAGGCUGGAGUGACUCUUUCGAAUCUCUUCCAAUUCACGUGGGGUAUGCUUCUUCAUGUGUAUACUGGUCACUCAACCGUCUGUUUCGGGCAUUUAGUGUCUGAUCGAGAUAUCGAACUGCCACAGGCUGACGAGGUUGUUGGACCAAUGCUAUCGAUGAUGGUGGCCUGCAAUACUUUCGACGAUACAAUGAUGAUUAUCCAGGUCUUGCAGGCUUUUCAAGAUGAGAACAUCCACAGCCUCAAUCACAAGACCUUUGACUUGACUGAGGUUGAGCGGCAGCUAGGGUGCGAAGGUACUGGUCUUUUCAAUACUCUGGUCAACUACCGCAAAGUCAAGUACUCGGAUGACGAUAUUGACAUUGGCUUCCGAUCCAUUUGGAAACAGGAUCCCCAUGAGCAACUCCUAGUGUUGGCAUUCAACGAGGGUCCCUCCCGACUCGACGCCACGCUCACCUACUACGAGUCCUUGUUCUCCGAAACUACUAUGAAGACCUUGACGCAUACAUAUCGACGCUUACUUGAUUUGUUGGUAAACUGCACGACGCAGACUGUGGGUGAUGUCAAAACAGCACUCACUUCGUAG